AUGGAAAGACUGACAACUAGGGGACCACCUGGCCAUCCUCACCAGGGGGAGGCCUCUGCCUGCUGGCAGCUCACUGUGAGGGUCCUGGAGGCACGGAACCUGGGCUGGACUGACCUGUUGAGCCAGGCAGACCCCUAUGUGACCCUGCAGUUGCCAACCGCACCUGGAAUAAAGUUCAAGACCAAAACGAUCACCAACUCCAGCCAUCCUGUAUGGAAUGAGACCUUCAGUUUCCUAAUCCAGAGUCAGGUCAAGAAUGUUCUGGAGCUAAAUGUCUAUGAUGAGGACUCAGUCACGGAGGAUGAUGCCUGCUUCAAGGUUCUCUAUGACGUCUCAGAAGUCCAGCCAGGUGAGCUGCUCCGGAAGACCUUCUCCCUGCGUCCCCAGGGACAGGAGGAGCUGGACGUGGAGUUCUUGCUGGAAAAAACGUCAGACUGCCCAGAAAACCUCAUCACCAACAACGUCCUUGUGGCCCGAGAGCUGUCAUGCCUGGAUGUCCGUCUGGACAGUGCCGAGAGCACAGCCCGGGUCACAGAUGAGGAGCAGCUGAAGCUGGAGCUGGUGCUGAAGGGGUCAUAUGAGGACACGCAGACAUCUGCCCUGGGUACGGCCUCUGCCUUCCGCUUCCAUUACCUGGCAGCCCAAGAGACAGAACUGAGUGUGCGGCUGAGGAGCUCUGAAAGCAAUGACUGGAAUUCAGACAAGUCAGCUGGGCACCUCACUGUGCCCCUGAGGUCCUUGGCCAUGGGGAAGGAGGUGACUGUUAACGUUCCUGUUAUAAAUACCCCAGGAGUGAGGCUGCAGCUCAAGGCUGAGGGCUGCCCUAAGGAGCUGGCUGUGCGCCUGGGCUAUGAUUUGUGUGCCGAGGAGAAAGCUUUCCUGAGCAGGAGGAAACGGGUGGUGGCCAGAGCCCUCAAGCAGACCCUGCAGCUGGACAGAGACCUACAGGAAGAUGAGGUCCCUGUUGUGGGCAUCAUGGCCACAGGAGGAGGUGCCCGGGCCAUGACCUCUCUCUACGGCCACCUGUUGGCCCUGCAGAAGCUGGGCCUCCUGGACUGUGUGACCUACUUCAGUGGCAUCUCAGGCUCUACAUGGGCCAUGGCCCACCUCUACGGGGACCCUGAGUGGUCACAGAAGGACCUUGAAGGACCCAUCAAAUAUGCCAGGGAGCACCUGGCCAAGAGCAAGCUGGAGGCCUUCUCCCCAGAGCGCCUAGCAAGCUACCGCCAGGAGCUGGAGCUGCGGGCCAAGCAGGGCUACCCCACAACUUUUGUGGACCUGUGGGCUCUCGUGCUGGAGUCUAUGCUACAUGGCCAGGUGAUGGAUCAGAAGCUGUCGGAACAGAGAGCAGCACUGGAGCAGGGCCAGAACCCUCUGCCCCUCUACUUGAGCCUCAAUGUCAAAGAGAACGAUCUGGAGACCCUCGACUUCAAGGAGUGGGUGGAGUUCUCCCCCUAUGAGGUCGGGUUCCCGAAGUAUGGAGCCUUUGUCCCGACGGAGCUCUUUGGCUCCGAGUUCUUCAUGGGGCGGCUGAUGAGGAGGCUCCCGGAGUCCCGCAUCUGCUUUCUGGAAGGUAUCUGGAGCAACAUUUUCUCCCUGAACUUGCUGGAUGCCUGGUACGACCUCACCAACUCUGGUGACACCUGGAAGCAGCACAUCAAGGACAAGAUCAGGAACCUGGAGGAGUCUCCUGCCUCCUUGACGACCUCCUCAUGGCUGGAACCUGGAACGGCCCUGGCCAAGGCAUUUAAGGGCUUCCUGACAAGCAGGCCACUCCACCAGCACAGCUGCAACUUCCUCCGGGGCCUCCAACUGCACCAGGAUUAUUGUAGCCACAAAGAUUUCUCCACUUGGGCAGACUGCCAGCUAGACUCCACCCCUGGCCAGCUGACCCCUCAGGAGCCCCGGCUCUGCCUGGUAGAUGUUGGCUACUUCCUCAACACUAGCUGUCCCUCCAUGUUCCGGCCAGGCCGAAGGCUGGACCUCAUACUCUCCUUGGAUUACUCCCUCUCCGCACCCUUUGAGGCCCUGCAGCAGACUGAGCUAUACUGCCGGGCCCGGGGACUGCCAUUCCCUCGAGUGGACCCCAGCCCUCAGGACCAACGCCAGCCGACAGAGUGCCACCUCUUCUCAGACCCCACCUGCCCUGAUGCCCCUGUCCUGCUGCACUUCCCGCUGGUCAACGCCUCCUUCAAGGACCACUCAGCCCCCGGUGUCCAGCGCAGCCCCGCAGAGCUCCCAGCCAGCCAGGUGGAUCUCACUGGGACCACCUCACCCUACUACCUGUUCAACAUGACCUAUAAGGAGGAGGACUUUGAUCAUCUACUGCAGCUUAGUGACUACAAUGUACGGAACAGCCAGGGCGCCAUUCUGCAGGCCUUGAGGACUGCCAUGGAGCACCGGGCCCUGGGCACCAGGCCUCCAACAGCGAGGAAUUGAGGCUGCUCAGGGACCCCAGCGCUUUGGUGACCCUCCAGGGGCUAGGGCCUUAACCCAAGCACAGCUGGGUACAGCCACAGCCCUCACUGGGCUGGAGUUCCCGGGCUGUCCAGGCCUUGGCCUCUUCUGCAGUGGGUCUCAUGGCCCAGACGGGCUGCUUGGUACCCCAAGUUCUCCCUUACCUUCAUCACUGGCUUGGGAGGAGCUGAAAGUAACUCCUCACCAGAUCAGUGUGUAGAAUAUCUGGUCCGACCAGACAAAUGUUUACAUGUGAUUACUUUCCUGCCAGGCAAAACAGAUUUGGGGUACAAGCUGCAGGUGUCAGACCAGGAGUGGGGGCAGGCAGGGCAGGGCAUGGCCUGACCGAGAGGUGGCUCCAGACAUCAGGCAUCAUCAUGCCGUGUCCUGAGAAUCUCCUCUUCAUCCCCUCCUCCUCUCCUCACUCUUCUAUUAUCUUUAAGCAACUUCAGUGACAUGUAAUCCACAUACCACAGAAGUCGUCCAUCUAUAGGGUACAACUCGAUUGCUUUUACUAUGUAUUCACAGAGUUGUGCAAACCUCCCCACGGUCAUUUUGAGAUUUUCAUCACCCCAAAAAGAAACCCUUCACCCCUUAGCUGUCAGCCUCAACCCUCCCUCCCGAGCCCUUAGCAAUGACUAAUCUACCUUCUGUUUCUAUAGAUUUGCUUAUUGUGGACAUUUCCUAUAAAUGGAAUUAUACAACAUAUAGCCUUUUGUGUCUGGCUUCCUUCUCUCAGCAUGAUGUGUUCAAGGAUCAUCCAUGUGGUAGCAAGCAUCAGUACUUCAUCCUUUCUAUGCCUGAAUAAAAUUCAGUUGUGGGUGGCCCACAUUUUACCUUAUGGUCAUUGGUUAAUGGACACUUGGGUUGUUUCCAUUCUUUGUUACAAAUAGUGUGGCUAUGAACAUUCACGUACAAGUCUGUAUGUGGACAAUGUUUUUUGUCCUUUUGCACAUCUACCUAGGAGUGCACUUGCUGGGUUAUAAUAAUUCUCUGCUUCCCCUUUUGAGAACCUGCCAGCCUGUUUUCCAAAGCUCCUGCUCCACUCUCCAUUCCUGUCGGCAUUGCAGGAGGGCUCCAAUUUCUCCACGUCUUUGCCCACAUUUGUAAUUGUCUGUCUUUUGAUUUUAAUCAUUGGAGUGGGUAUAAAGUGAUAUCUUAUCUGCAUUUCCCUAGUGGCUAAUGAUGUUAGGGAUCUUUUCACAUAUGGUAGGCCUUUUACAGAUCUUCUUUAGGGAAAUGUCUAUUCAGAUCUUUCGCCCAUUUUCAUUGGGUUAUGUCUUUUUCUUAUUGUUAAGAAUGCUCUAUAUUUUCUACAUACAAAUCCCUGAUCCAAUAUAUGGAUCACAGAUUUUCUCCUAAUCUGUGGGUUGCACAAAAGCUUUCUUAUUUUGAUGGUGCCAUUUAUAUUUUCUUUUGCUACUUGUGUUUUUGGUGUCAUAUUUAAAAAAACAUUGUCUAAUCCAAGGUCAUGAAGAUUUACAACUGUUCUCGUUUAAUAGUUUUAUAGCUUCUGCCCUUACAUUUAGAUCUUUGAUCCAUUUUGAGUUGACUCUUGUAUACAGUGUGAGAUACGGGGUCAAUUUCAUUCUUUUGCAUGUGGGUAUCCAGCUCUUCCAGCACCAUUUGUUGAAAAGGCUGUUCUUUCUCCAUUGAAUUGUCUUGACACCCUCACUGAAAAUCAAUUGCAAAUGAAUGUCUAGAAGCUCCCCGUUUAGACCCUCCUGGACACAGCCAUGUGCAUCUCUGUAUCCUUUCACUAUAAAUUUUAAUCAGUAAUCGUAAGUACAGAGCUUUCCUAAAUUCUGUGAGUUAUUCUGGCCAAUUAUCAAAUCUGAGGUCCUGGGGGACCCCAGAAAUGGCAGCCAGCUGGCCUGAAGAGAGGGUCGUCCUGGGAACCCUGAAGGUGUGGCUGAUGUCUGAAGCCAGGGUUCUAUUGUCAGGCGGUAGUUUGAUAAGCAACUUGUAAGCAGGGUCAGAAGUCCUGGGCAGACUUGGCAGUGUGGAGGGACUCUACCCUCAACUUUGCAGUUUGGCUGAUUCAGAGCCCCUCUGAAGUGAGAAGGGCACAAGUAGAAAAAAACAAAGAUGUGUUCUAUUUAUGACUUUCCCUAAAGCCAGAGAGAGGGCCAAGGAGUUCCAUGCAGCCCCAGAGUGGGCAGGGCUGAGGCUCAGGGCCACACCUGGUGCAUGACCCCAACCCCUUGACUAGCCAGCUGCUGAUCCCCAGGUUCCCUGACAACCUGAGGUCUCAUUCUGGUCUGAAUGGGGACUGCAACUCAGGCAGCUGUUAGGCCCACCCGAGCUCCACGGAGAUUGUGCAAGGCUUUUCCUGCAGCCUGUGGCCCCCUCCUAAACCUGGAGGGCCUUCCUGCAUGCCUGAGGGGCAGGAAGGCCCUCCAACUCCCUCAUCACUGCUCCUGGGCCUGUGCUGGCAAUCUGCUCUGUUCAACACAGGUGGUGGCAGUGGGAACAGCAAAGAAUGAAUUGAAAGAUAUUUCAUUUUCCUGUCAACUUUUACUUAACAAUGUGUAGACCAAAUGAGAAUAAUAAUGUAAAAGUAACUGCUUGUUAAAAUUCAACAUAAACUCAAGAUUUAUGAAAAGUUCUUCAUAAAUUAGAGAUGGAAGCACAUUUACUUAACCUGAUAUAGGGUAUCUGAUGGUUAAUUGUGUCAACUUGGCUGAGUCACAAUGCCUGGAUAUUUGGUCAAACAGUAUUCUAGACGUUUCUGUGAAGGUUGUUUUUGGAUGAGAUUAACAUUUAACGGUGACUUUGAGUAUAACAGAUUACUCUCUACAAUAUGGAUGGGUCUCGUCUAAUCAGUUGAAAGCCUUGAUAGGACAAUGACUGACCUCCCCUAGCAAGAGGGAAUUCUUCCAGCAGACUGCAUUGAAACUCUUGGACACCUUGAAACUCUUCCCUGAGUUGCCAGCCUGUCAGCCUUCCCUGCAGAUUUUGGAUUCACAAAGACGCCAUGACUAUAUGAGGCAAUUCCUCACAGUAAAUCAAUCAAUAUCUGUCUCCCUCUCUGCCCUCCU